AAUUGGUUAUAGUGAGCUAGAGUAAAGAUACUUUGCCGGCGCGUAUACUUUUCAUCGCUGUGUUUAGAAUAUUUCAAUAGUCUUGUAUAUUUCUUCAUAAAGAAUAUUUUUAUGAAAAACACAUGAAAGCAUUUAAUCGACAUGCAGUUCUUCAAGUCAUCGAUAUAUAUUAUAUUGCAUUUGUAUGCACUUUAUUCUAACGUUUAUUGCGACGAAACGGAUACACUCGAUGAUGUCACGCCGCUUGCAGACGACCUGGAAAAUAUAUAUUCUUUUUUUUACAAGUCAGAAAAGGAUUCAGAAAAACCAACAGCACAAGCAAAAAUGAAUGAUCAGUUUGCAAUACAAUCAUAUAACUAUAAAGAAUUAAAUGGACAAAGUCAGGAAGCAAUCUUUUAUAAACGUUUGAUUACUAUAAUGUUAUCAAAUCUUGCUAUACAGAGAAUUGAUGACAAAGUAAUUGGAAUACUUAAUAUAGAGGCAUCUUCUUCACAAUUUGAAUAUCUCCAGAAUUUUGUAAAUGGCCAAGGAUCUAUAAGAGAAGUUGAUAGAAUUCUUGACAAUGUAAUAAAACAACCUGACUAUACCAUGUAUCACUAUAUGGCAGAUAUGUCUCGUUAUUUAUUAUCAGAGCAUUUGAUGAAUUAUUUGUUAAUUAUGAAAGAACAUUGGGACAUAACUAUAAUUUCCUUAAUAGUCAUAUCUAGCUUUAUGAUUUUAAGAAGACAAAGAUGGUCUCGAGGUUUAAUUAUCUUUUUAUUGAUUGAUGUCAUAUUUAUAAUAAGUUUUUUUAUAACUUGGUGGCAACUUAUACAGGAAGCAGAAAUUAAAUUAAUGGCUGCACAAGCACAGUUUGUAGAAAUGCCAAUUGCUUGUCAACCACAUAAAAUGGGCCUCUGGGAUAAAAUGGUUGCAUCAUUUUCCUCUACAAAUGAUUGUGAAAAGUAUUACGAAUCAAUUAUGACCAAUCCUAGACUACAAGUAACACCAGCAUAUGCAUUGACAUACUUUCUUAGUACAGUCAUUCUUCAACCAGUAUCAUAUUGUGGACUUGUUAUAUCUGAAUUUAUAGAUAAUGCUACCAGUAAACUAAACUUUGUGUACAAAAUUCCUAUCAUGAUCAUCCUUUAUUCAGCUAUCUGUCUACUUAUAAUAUUAGUGCCAUUUUUCUUGUUUGGUGGAUCUAUUAACUUUGGUAUUGGACCAUUCUUAAACUUCGGAAUAAAGGCUAAAACAAAUUCUAAUGAAAAACAAGAGCGUAUUGAACGGAUUUACGAGGAUAUUUCACCGAAGAAAAAAUUGAAAGAUUCAAAAAAAAUGAAACAAAUUUUAUCAAAGCAGCAGGAUAAAGCAGAUCCUGCUGGAGGCGAUGCCGGCAUUGACAAACAUCAAUUAAAAGAGAAAUGUAUAAAGUGCAAAUGUGAAAAUAAAGAUGCAGAUAAGAGUAUAGAAUAUAAGAAAAAAGAAGAGAAAGAUAGUGAUUGUUAAGUAUUUCUCUCAUAAUGUGCUACUAUCUAAUAAAUUAUUUGUUUAUUUA